CACAUCCAGGCUCUCAUCCAAAGCUGUUCUAACCUGAUAUGUGAUGAUUACGAUUGUUUGAAAUCCUCCCUCCGGCCUCCCCUCCAGUCUUGCACAGGUGUACCGGCUCCUCCCCUUCAGUCUUGCACAGGUGUACAGGCUCCUCCCCUCCAGUAUUUCACAGGUGUACUGGCUCCUCCCCUUCAGUCUUGCACAGGUGUACCGGCUCCUCCCCUCCAGUCUUGCACAGGUGUACCGGCUCCUCCCCUUCAGUCUUGCACAGGUGUACUGGCUCCUCCCCUUCAGUCUUGCACAGGUGUACCGGCUCCUCCCCUUCAGUCUUGCACAGGUGUACCGGCUCCUCCCCUUCAGUCUUGUACAGGUGUACCGGCUCCUCCCCUUCAGUCUUUUACAGGUGUACUGGCUCCUCCCCUUCAGUCUUGCACAGGUGUACCGGCUCCUCCCCUUCAGUCUUGCACAGGUGUACUCCUAGCUCUAGCAUCAUCCAAAAUUUCCCCUCCUAAAACAAUUCUUACCCCCUGAUGCUUCCAAAUUCCCCCUCCCAAUACAAAGCCCCCCCCCCCCCCAUUCUCCUCACAGUGCCACCCCAC